AUGGCAACAACAGAGACAACACCUCGUUAUCGAAAUUUUUCAAAUAAUAUGCCAUCACCAUUAAAUUCAAAUCCUCAUGCAUCAUCAUUAAUAACUGUUGAAAAAGAACCUGAGCGUGAUCCUGAAUAUGAUUGUUUUAUGUGUCGCCAAUCACAUGUUUAUAUUAAACCAAUUGGUAUGCAACAAGAACGUCGUGUAGCACGUCAUCAUCCACCAUCGUUAUCACGUGCAGAAAUAGAUGCAUUAAGUCGAAAGAAAAAUUUAACAAAACAAGAAGCAAGAAAAUUAUUACAAUGUUAUUUUCCUGAAAUAAAAAAUGUUAAAUAUUUUCAAUUACACAAAUAUCAUUCAUGUUGUUAUGAUCCAAGACAUUUAAAUUUAUGUAAAAAUCAUAUAACUGCAUUACAACAUGAACGUGAACAAUAUUGUGAUCAUCAUUAUCAACAUCAAAAUCAAUAUGAAAAUGAUGAAAAUCGUGAUAAAGAUUAUGAAGGAGAAGACGAACCACAUAAUAGAGUUAGUUUUGUACGAAUUAAAAUUGAACCAACCAAAGGUAUACCAACAAGAUUUCUUGGUCCAGCAGCUUUGCCUGAAUCACUUGCUAAUAUGCUUAUCAAACAGGUUAAUCGCCUAGAAAAUAAAAAGGUACCACCAUCAUUUAAUUCAAAUUAUACAAUAGAACCAUAUAAUGUUAGACGAGUAAACAUUCCUCAUGGUUCAGAUGAUGAUAAUGAUGAAGACGACGGCGAUGAUGAUGAUGAUCAAACGACACAUGUUAAAGGUAAAAUAAUGUCUGAAUCAACUGUAAAUUAUGUAAAUAAUAAGCAAGAAAAACUAAAAUUAGAAAAAAAAGCAACAAAUGGUGACUUAAUAGUUGAAGAUUUAGAUGAAUUAAAUCGUUUAUAUAUUAAUCGUCAAAAUCCAACAGACAUUGAUGAAAAUUCAGAUUUUUUUUCGAAACCAUUAAAAAAGAAAAAACGAAAAAAAAGUACAAAGAAAAAAAAUCUUCAUGAAAAUCCUAAAUCAAAAUUAAAACAUUGGGAAUUAUUGGCAUUAGAACAAAACAAAAUAAAAGACACAUGUAAUUGUCGUCAUCAUGUUAUGCAUGUUGAAGAUAAUCAAGUUGUUUACGAUUGGUGUCGAUGUAAAGAUCAUCAACAUAGAGAAAUAAUGGAAAGACGUAAAUCAAUUGCACCUCCACCUCCACCACCAUCACCACCUCCUCAACAAUCAACUGCACCUCCUCCACCACCUCCACCAAAACCACGUCCAAAACCACAUAAAGUACACAAAAAAUCAAUUGGUAUCGAUGCAACACAACCAACAUCAACUGAAGUUGCCCUAGCUUAUGAUCCGUCGGCAGUUGAUUAUGAUAUGAUUCAAGAAGUAAUCUAUUAUCGAACAGCAUCGGGACGAUUGAUCAAACCUGAAACAAGUAAUGCUUUUACUUAUGAUAGUCUACCUUCAUCAAUGAUGAUCAAUCAUGAACAACCAAGUCCAAAUAAAGCUGAAGUUUUAUAUAUGACACCUAAUGGUAAAUUACAACCACUCGAAGGUGGCGGACGGAAUCGAGGAAAAACAAAGACAAUUAUUCUAUCAAAACCAGGUUCAUUAUAUAAUGGUGAAGCAUUGAUUGACACUAAACAUACAUCAUCAAAUAAUCGAACUUCAAAUACUAUGCCUGUAUUAAAAUUACCCUCAACAUCAAAAUCAUCAAGACAACAUUCACGUGAUAAUAAUAGGGAAUAUCAACCGACAGAAUUUACAUUGGCGACAUUUUCUUCUGAUAAAGCUGUAGGUACACCUGAUUCACAACGAAAUUUAGGAACUGUUCCAAUGUUAAUGCAAAAGAGUACAAAACCAACUUAUAGUAAUCAAAAUCCAACACCAGAUUAUGGACGUGAAUCAAGUGUUGUUGCUAGUCGUCGUUGGUUUGAUCAACCACUUGGUGAUCAAAAUUUACGUCCAGUACAUGAUGGUCAAUAUGGUUUAAUUGCUGGUACAUCAACAGAUACAUAUCAAACUAAAGCUGAAUUAUCUGAAAAUUAUAAUAAUAAUACAAAAUCAAAUGCACCAAAAAAUACAAGCAAUUGCACAAUAUCAUAA